GAAAUUCCACUGUACAACUACCAAAUUGAACUCGAGUGAAUAUUUCUGUAUUUUCUUUAAAUAAAUAAAACCAAUAGCUUUAUUAUCAUAGUGCUUUAAAUAAAAUAAAGGAUAAAGAAUAAAACAAUUAAAUAGGAACAAAGCAGAGCAAUGGUUUCGUUGUUCGAAAAGAGCAAGAAGCUUAAAACUUCUUCCGAAAAGCCAAUGUCAAUAAAUCAUAAAGAGUUCUUAACCCGAAUAAAAAAGACGUUCUAUUAUGGCCCAUCGAAUCCAAACAGAAUGACGUCGCAUCCACUUGCUGUUCACGUAUCACAUUCAUUCAACGAAAACCAUCGUAAUUACUCGCUCAACACACUGGAAUUAGAUGAGAUCUCUCGUAUUCGCCAACAAACACCUUGUACCCUUAUCUUGGCUAUGAUCUAUCUUGAUAGAAUAAAUUUAUUGGAUCCUGCGUUUGUUAAGCUUGUAAGUCCUUCGGAAUUGUUUCUCGUUGCUCUGAUGGUCUCAGCUAAAUUCUACAGCGAUUAUGAUGAAAUGAAUGUAUUCACAAGUGCCUGGGCUAAAGAAGGAAAAGUUGACGUUGAACGUUUAGCGCAAUUGGAAAUUAAAUUCUUAAAUGCGAUAAAAUGGAACAUCUUAGUGAGACAAAAUGAGUUUGAUGAGAAGUUGAAGACUGUUGAAAAAUUAUUAGCAAUGAAAGAAGGUUUUAAUCGAGGUUGGUUUACAUAUACGGAACUUGAGUUGCUUAUGCCGUCACUUGAAAUCGCAAAAAGGUUUUUAGACUUCACGACAAUCCUAAUGCUUUCUUACGCCUGCAUUAUCGCUACAACCGCCUUUUCAUUCUUCAUCUUAUCGUCAAUUCGUUCAAAGACAGUUAUGGGUCCUCAAUCAAACUCAACAGAACUCUGUGGAAUUCACGACAAUUCUCUGAUAACCAUUCCGACUCCAAUAAUCUCGAUUGAUACUGUGACUGAUAUUAGCACCUCAACUGAUGGUUUCGUUGUUGAUACCUCCCGGAACAAAGCAAUAAACUUCUCACUCUUUUACCACGUUAUCAAAUGGGAGCUGGAAGCAGGUGUUCAUGAAAAUCUCCAGUUAUUACCUAGAAAACACGAUCCUGUACCUUAUCACUGCUGUAACGAUUCUCUUUCAUCUUGGGGGAAUUAUCUUCACGAAUCACUUUCACUGCUGAAAUUAACUAAGAUUGAGAACACUGAAUUUUUCUUUACUUUAAUGAGCUGUUUUAUUAGAAUUUUUGCUAUCUAUUUUGUUAUUACAAAACUAUUUUUUGAAAGAAGAAACCCCCUUAGGAAGUGCUCGUUGCUUUUAUAAUAAAUUUACUUUUCUCUCAGCCAAUCAAAAGGCUGAGAGUUAUCCUUAAAAGUUAUGAUCAUCCCCAUUCCAAAAGGAUGAUCGCGAUGAAAGUGUUGCGACAUUCUGAAAUGCUUUAUGUAGAAACUCAGGCGUAUUGCACGCAUGUUUUCUACGUAGCACUUCAGCAUAUUACACUACUAACAUCAUUAAAAUCUUCUCUCAAUAAGCAAAUUUAUCAACAAGUUGAAUCCUGUAAAAAUCUUUAAAGUUACAAACAGCAUAAAUUUUAUUUCUUUUCACAAUCUUUAUUUCUUUUUAAAGUUUUCUGUUUCAAUGAUUUCCCUUUUUUUGAUGUUUUCCAAAUAAAAUAUUUCUUCAAUCGAGAGAAGAAUAAAAUCUACAAAUAGGAUUUAAUGUUUCGCCUAUAAGCUUUCGAAAUACUGAAUGUAAAGUUUAUGACUAACAUUUGGCAAAGUUUGGCAAGUGAUUGAAAUCUUUAAAUAGUCGUGGGGGUUUUCCUCGUAUUUAAACAUUGUUGAAUAAUUUAUUAAGUAACUUUCAGAUCUUAUUAAGAAAGUCUUUAAAUGAAUUGAAAGAUUUAUUUGAAUAAUCUCCAUCAUCAAGCCAAACAGUGCCACAAAAUCGGCGUUGAAAUUCUUUUGAUUUAUUUUCUACAAUAAGCUCAUGAAGGUAAGUCCUAUUUGACGAUAAUGGUGUGCCCUUAACUACAGAAGUUUUCUUUAGGAUUAAAACAUUUUAAUAAAUUAAACUUUUCACGUUUUAAUUAUUUUUCAUUCAUCCGAAAUUUCUCGCACAUGUUUUUAAAACUUUCUUGUUUUAUUGCUUAAAAAUUGUUGCAAGCAUUUUUAAUAGGUACAUGGAAUAAGAAGUUUGGAUUGGCGGGGGUGUAAGUAUGUAAAUAUGAACAUUUUCACAAUUAUUUAUUUCAUGGAAAUGAAUUAUCAUUGAAAAUUCUUUAAAGAACUUUACAAU